AUGGCCCUGAUCGAUGUUUCGAGGCAGAGGAGGUCGCUCCUGCAGGAUUCGACUGCUUUACAUCAUCUGCCCCCCGAUUUACUCGACGUGAUCCAGAGCCAGCCCUCUGCACGUCUGCUAGAUGCCGUUGCGCAGGCGGCUCUCAUCCCAGCACUUACAGACCGCAUAUACGCACAUUUUGAGAAUGUGUUCCCCGACAUCUGCGCGCGAUGGGCUCUCAACGCCAAGUCGAACUUGCAGCGUAUACAUGCCGUCUCUGCCGCAGCUAAAUUAUUACCAUUCAGCCCCGACCUCGCCACCUUUCUCCGUGCCCAGCCUGCUCGUGAGAGACUAACGCAGGCCUCGUCGCUGCGCCUGCAACCUCUGCAAUUGGACGACACCUCGCUAAGUCUAGGCAAUAGAGACUUGACCAAGUGCUUGCUCGCAACAUGGCGACUUUUGAGUUUCGAUUUGCGCGCUUUCGGCUCCAUUGUCUCGGCUGCGCUCAUGCAGAACCUGUUCGCACAUGACAGUCGCGCUGUCCGAUAUCUCGCCAUUCGCAUCUUCUGCCAGCUUCUUUACGCUUCGGAUAAGAAGCUAGAGAGCCUCGUUCAAACGCAUGUUGGCGACGAGCCCAUCACCGCUGAAUUUGACGGCGUCGAGAUUGACUACGGUUUUCUUUCCCUUCAUGAGCAUGAGCGAGCCAAGAAGAUGCUCGCCUUGAGACAAGAAAUUUCGCAAAAUGCCCCAGAACAUAGCGCCACUGAGCACUAUGUGCAGCAACUAACACCGUACUCUGUUGCGUACGGGCAAGUCGUAUUGCCGCGCCCGUAUGGUCCAACAGGAGACCUGGCCAGCUUGGUUUUGACCGACACCACAAUGUCCAACCUGGAAAGCUUCGCGAAGCUGUUGCGCAACCCUGGACCGAUCCUCCUUCACGGCGCAUCUGGAGUUGGAAAGACGGCGCUCGUCCAAGAGAUUGCGACCCAACUUGGAAUGCAUUCCGAGAUGGUCACAUUACAUCUAAACGAGCAGACUGACGCAAAGAUGCUCAUCGGCCUUUACUCCACAGACUCGAAGCCGGGCAGCUUUCAGUGGCGACCAGGUGUGCUAACAACAGCCGUCAAGGAGGGACGAUGGGUUCUAGUCGAAGACCUUGACCGAGCGCCGACCGAAGUCCUCAGCACGCUAUUACCGCUGAUUGAGCGCAACGAACUUCUGAUACCCAGCCGAGGGGAGACGAUCCGAGCAGCUAGCACUUUCCGCCUCCUUGCUACAGUCAGAACGUCUCGAGGACUGAACGGUCGCGAGAACCUGCCUUCACUAGUUGGAAUGCGCUUCUGGCAAUCGCUCCAUACAGAUCAACUUACAGAGUCCGAGCUCGAGCGAGUCGUCGUCGAAACAUAUCCUAUUCUUCAGAAAUACAUUACUGGAAUUUUAGCUGUUCAUCGUCGGCUGGCCCGCUUGAGCAGCUCUUCCGUCGUCACAGCUCGCGGGCGCAGUGUCAUGGAAAGACAGUCCAAUCUCAGAGAUCUGCUGAAAUGGUGUCGUCGCUUAAAAGAAUGCCUACUAGCCGCAGGAUCAACAACCGGAGAGGAGCCCAUAUCAGAAACGACGAGAGACUGGAUGUUCAUGGAGGCUGUGGAUUGCUUCCUGGGAAGCUGCCCAGAUGUCGAGUUGAGCAAGCACCUGGCUUUUGCCAUUGCUGAGGAGAUGCACUUGUCUAGGGAACGGGCAGAGCAUUAUUUGACUGCCAAUAUACCCCCCCUAAACGAAAGCGAGACUCAGCUAGCGAUUGGCAGAGUGACGCUAAGGAAGAAACGAGUUCAGCCCAGGGCUGCAAAGCCAAAGCAGACCUUUGCCAGUACUGUGCAUGCCAAAAGACUUCUCGAGCAAAUCGCGGUUGCUGUGAAGCUUGAAGAGCCUGUACUACUGGUUGGUGAGACUGGUAUCGGCAAGACGACUGUUGUGCAGCAGCUGGCAGAGAUUCUGGGCAACAAUCUUAUCGCGGUAAACCUUUCACAGCAGAGUGAGGUUGGAGAUUUACUCGGUGGAUUCAAGCCGGUGAAUGUCCGCAGUCUUGCAGUUCCACUCAAGGAAGAGUUCGAGGAUUUGUUCGACGCGACCGGCAUUUCAGCCUCAAAGAAUCAAAAGUAUCUGGAGCAAGUUGGAAAAUGCUUUGUCAGGUCGCAGUGGUCCAAGGUUGCAAAGCUAUGGAAGGAGGCGCCUAAAAUGUUUGCCAAAAUCGUCUCGGAGCUGGAGAAGGCUCAUGCCCAAGCGCAGAAAGAGAGACAAGACGACUCUCAGCCAACAAAACGCAGGAAGACACACUCCAAACUCCAGAGCUUACUUGACCUCCGUCCGCGAUGGGAGACGUUUGCUCGUAAUCUGGAGCAGUUUGAGAUUCAAAUUGCGGCCGGACCGGGUGGCUUUGCCUUUUCAUUCGUCGAGGGCAAUCUUGUCAAGGCCCUGAGAAACGGCGACUGGGUUCUUCUCGAUGAAAUCAACCUGGCUUCUCCAGAUACUCUAGAGAGCAUCGCAGACUUGCUAACAGGACCCAAUGAGCGACCUUCGAUAUUGCUAUCCGAGACUGGCGAAAUCCAGAAGAUUAUCGCGCAUCCACAUUUCCGCAUUUUUGGAGCAAUGAACCCGGCGACAGAUAUCGGCAAAAGAGACUUGCCGGCUGGAAUUCGUUCCAGGUUCACGGAGCUCUACGUCAAGAGUCCGGAUACAGAUGAAAAGGACUUACUUCAAAUCAUCAAGACAUAUCUAGGCAGCACCAGCAACAAAAAUGACAAGGCGGCGGACGACAUUGCGCGACUAUAUCUUAACACUAAAAAGUUGGCUGAGCAGAAGCGAAUUGUGGAUGGCGCCAACGAGGUCCCGCAUUUCAGUCUGCGAACGCUCACUCGUGUACUGACCUAUGUCAAUACCAUCGGCUCUCUAUAUGGCGUCCGAAGAGCUUUGUACGAAGGCUUCUCUAUGGGUUUUCUGACCCUACUCGACCGCCAAUCCGAGAACAUGCUGGUGCCACUCAUCUACCAUCACCUUCUCGACAGCCAUGGCGACCCGCAGUCACUGCUCUCGCAGCCUCCCAAGCAUCCCAGUGACGGUAGGAGCUACGUCAAGUUUCAAAACAAGGCGCGCGAUAGACAAUAUUGGCUCUUCCAGGGAGACGAACAGCCAGUGGAGAGAGAUGAUUACAUUAUCACACCAUAUGUUGAGCGCAACUUGCUCAAUUUGGUUCGUGCCACUUCCACACGACGAUUCCCCAUCCUCAUCCAGGGCCCUACCUCCGCUGGCAAAACAAGUAUGAUUGAGUAUCUUGCCAAUUUCACGGGCAACAAAUUCGUACGAAUCAACAACCACGAGCACACAGACUUACAGGAGUAUCUUGGUACCUACGUAUCUGGAUCAGAUGGAAAGCUCAAGUUCCAAGAGGGAGUUCUUGUGCAGGCAAUGAGACAGGGGCAUUGGAUCGUUCUCGACGAACUGAACCUGGCACCUACAGACGUGCUUGAAGCACUGAACAGACUUCUUGAUGACAACCGCGAGCUGCUGAUUCCAGAGACUCAAGAAGUCGUGCGUCCACAUGAGAAUUUUAUUCUUUUUGCGACUCAGAACCCACCGGGUCUUUAUGGUGGACGAAAAGUUCUCUCGCGUGCUUUCCGAAAUCGAUUCCUGGAACUUCAUUUCGACGACAUCCCGGAAGACGAGCUUGAGUUCAUUCUGCAACAGCGCAGUCGUAAUACGUCCCCUCCCGAUUGCCGUCGUAUUGUUUCCGUCUACAAGGAGCUUUCCAGACUUCGACAGACCAGCCGGCUCUUUGAGCAAAAAGACAGCUUUGCCACUCUCCGAGAUUUGUUCCGAUGGGCACUGCGUGAGGCGGAAACGCGCGAGGACAUCGCCGCGCAUGGCUUUAUGCUUCUUGCUGAGCGAGUCCGAGAUAACGAGGAGAGGCAGGCCGUCAAGGAAAUCAUCGAAACGGUGUUCAAGGUGAAGAUUGACACCCACAAGCUCUACUCCGCACGAGAUGCACCCGAAUUGAAGAGCUUUGCUACCCAGCAGAAUGGCCAGGGUGUUGUUUGGACUCACGCCAUGCGUCGGCUUUAUGUACUGGUUUCGCGGGCGCUGAAGAACAACGAGCCUGUCCUCCUCGUCGGCGAGACUGGUUGCGGUAAAACCACUGUUUGCCAGCUGCUCGCGGAGGCUCUCAAGACGGAGCUGCAUAUUGUCAACGCUCACCAGAAUACAGAAACCGGAGAUUUGAUUGGUUCGCAGCGACCAGUACGCAAUCGCGGAGCGAUUCUUGAUACGCUGGACAAGGACCUUGCUCUGGCUCUUACGCUCGUGGGAGCUUCCAUUCCGGCAUCGCCCGAAGAAAAGUACCAGCUUUAUCAAUCGCAAGCCAUUCAUAGCGAUCAAGUGAACGAAGCUCUCAAGGGCAAAAUCGCCAGCAAUGUUACGCGGAGCAAGGCCCUCUUUGAGUGGUCUGAUGGUGCUCUUGUCGAGGCUAUGAGAGAUGGACAAUUCUUCCUACUAGAUGAGAUUUCUCUUGCAGACGACUCCGUGCUUGAGCGCUUAAAUUCGGUUCUUGAGCCCCAAAGAACGCUGCUUCUGGCCGAAAAGGGCAGCAACGAUUCUUUUGUGGUUGGCGCGCCCGGUUUCCAGUUCUUCGCCACCAUGAACCCCGGUGGUGACUUUGGCAAGAAGGAGCUGUCGCCUGCUCUUCGAAAUCGCUUUACGGAGAUUUGGGUUCCUCAAUUGUCCGGCGACGAGGAUAUUCAAGAAAUUGUUCAGACAAAACUAAAGGACGAGGUCAAGCAGGCUACGAAGGUCAUCAUUGACUUUGCUGUUUGGUUUGGUGCCACUUUCCGCCCAAUGGCCACCACUCCAUUCUCCAUCCGUGAAAUUUUGGUCUGGGUUCAAUUCAUGAACUCUGCUGCAGCGAGUAAGAUUCCCUUUGCGUUGGUGCACGGUGCGUCGGCCAUCUUCAUCGACAGCAUUGGUGCCAAUCCUUCUGCUGUUCUCGCCACAGAUACCCAGGCUACCCAACGACAGCGGCAGCAGUGCCUCGACAAACUGACUGAACUCAUGGGCAAGGAUGCUUCUCAGAUCUAUGAUUCUGAGCCAGAGUUCAGGGUGACGCCGGACAACUUGGCUAUCGGCGCGUUCAGUAUUCCCCGCGCGCUGGACGCCUCGCCGCUUGCCGACUUUGCUUUCCACGCCCCAACUACCAGACGAAAUACCAUGCGAGUUGUCCGAGCUUUGCAGAUGCACAAGCCAAUUCUUCUCGAGGGCAGCCCCGGUACUGAUCUCAUGGAUCUCUUUGGUACCGAUGUGCCUGUUGAGGGAGCCGAGGCUGGAAACUUUGCAUGGCGCGACGCUCCCUUCUUGCAGGCCAUGCAAAAAGGUGAAUGGGUUCUGCUUGACGAAAUGAACCUGGCGUCGCAGUCUGUGUUGGAGGGUCUGAAUGCCUGCCUGGACCAUCGUGGUGAAGUGUACGUCUCGGAACUCGACCAAGUCUUCAAGCGCCACCCCAAUUUCCGCCUGUUUGCUGCGCAAAAUCCCCACCAUCAGGGCGGCGGCCGAAAGGGUUUGCCCGCAUCCUUUGUCAAUCGUUUCAUUGUCGUCUAUGCCGAUGUGUUUACAGAUGAGGAUCUUAAGCUCAUCGCAUCGCACAACUUCCCAAACCUGCCACCUGACAUGGUCAGCAACCUCAUCCAAUUUGUCACUGACAUGGAUAAGCAACUCAUGCUCGAUCGUUCCUUUGGCGCACAGGGCGGACCCUGGGAGUUUAACUUACGUGACGUUCUUCGCUGGCUGCAUCUGCUCAACUCCUCUGACCCCAUUCUCCAGCAGGGCCAGGCCGAUGAUUUCCUUGACAUCAUGGUGCGGCAGCGCUUUCGCUUACCGCAGGAUCGUUCCGAAGUCACCAAGCUCUACACCCAGGUUUUUGGCGCUGAACCACGCAGCCACAGCCUUUAUCACGACCUGAAUGCCGACUCUAGCCAAGUCGGCCUUGCACUUCUUCCUCGGAAUUCCUCUUCGCAACCUGAACGAUUGCCACCAAUCAACGUUGUCCCCCGCCUUCCCGAGCUCGAGUCUCUCAUGAUCUGUGUCAAGCAAAAUAUUCCGUGCAUCCUCACCAGCCCUUCGGGCUUUGGAAAGACGGCGCUGCUGGAGUACGUCGCGGCGUUAUCCGGAAAGCCUCUAGUUGUAUUCCCAAUGAAUGCGGAUAUCGACACUAUGGACCUUGUGGGUGGUUUUGAACAAGCUGAUCCUCUUCGCGAAGUCAAUGCUGCUAUUCGCGACUUGCGCGCCUAUCUCCACGAUUCCAUCAUGACUAUGAUUCCGACCAAGCUCCCUGAUUCUGUUCUCGUUUUACUGUACGAGAUUGAUAAUUUUUCUGGCAAAAGCGAGGAGAUCUCACGCAUCCAGUCCUCUGUUACUUUGCUUCUCCAGGAGCUUCCCACCAACUCGGAUGUCAGCGUUCACUUGUCGAAACUUGCCGCUCUUCUCGCGCAGCCAAUUGUGCUUGAGAACCCGCGAUUUGAAUGGCUUGAUGGUGUCAUUAUCAAGGCUCUGGAAUCGGGCCAGUGGCUGGUCCUGGAUAACGCAAACCUCUGCAACGCGUCCGUGUUGGAUCGUCUGAAUUCGCUUCUGGAACCCAAUGGCUUCCUAAGUGUGAAUGAGCACUGCGGACCAGGAGGCGAACCACGGGUUGUGAGACCCCAUCCGGACUUCAGGAUUUUCCUCACCGUGGACCCAAGAUAUGGCGAGCUGUCUCGCGCCAUGCGCAACCGAGCUGUUGAAAUUUAUCUAUGUGACAGCCCCCCGAGUGUGGAUCCCAGUCUUCAUUACAUCGCACCUGUGGAGAGCUGUCUCCAGAGAUAUCUGUCGACUCUUAAUACUUCGCAGCUGCUGGUGCAGAAUGACAAGCCUUCUGAUGCUCUGCGCAUCUCUCUUCAGAACAUUAACCUUCAAGACCUAGCCACUCUCUUGCGCUUCACGAACGAGUUUGGACAAGAGCCAUCUCUCUCCGCUCAUCUGCAGCAAUUUGUCAAGUUUCUUCAGUCUCCCAACGGGUCUGAUGCCCGAAAGAGCGUUUCGGACCUCUAUUCGAGCUUGCCUGAGGCUCUCAUUAGCGGUACAGCCCAAUCGCAGCCUAUCCACCCGCUAAACAAUUAUGCCGUGUCGCGCCUCGCACAGAAUGGCAACUCGGCAGAGUGGAUUGCGACCAUCUACGACUCCUGUAUGGAGAUAUUCAGUGUUCAAGAAUCCAUUGAUCACCAAAAGUCUUUGGCUCGAACUUCAAAACUAGGCGCUCUUAACAGACUGCAGCGAUCGCUCAUCAGUGAUCGUGUUGCUGCUGUGUCGAAGGACUCUACUGUCAGGUUGGCAGCGUUCAUGGACGCCGUGCUGAGUGCUAUUCGUGCAUACCUCGGCAAUGCGCCAUCGAACGAGCAUCAGGUCUCUGCCAGAUUUUUGAGUCUAGUAUGGAACUACAUUGAACGUACAAUUGCAUUAGCUACCGAGGAAACACUGGAUGAAGCCAGGUUCCAGGCUCAUCUGACACAGGGUACACGAUUAUUGAAGAAGCAGCUUGCGAAAAUUGAAUCCCCAGCACUCUCUGCUCUGGUUUCACUUAUCCUGGGAAAGCUGCAAAGUGACUUUGCCAGUGGAUUCCAGCUUUCAACAGGUCUCAGCAUGGAGCAGCUUUGGAACACGCUUCGCCCGCUCCCCAUACCUAGCCAAUUUAUCUACGACGAGGUGCUCAAGCUGGAUCAGCUUGUGACAAGAUUUGACGAGCUUCGCUGGAAGACAAGAGCUAGCAUUCCGGAGCUCGCUAAGGCCCAGCAGGCUAUGGAGCAGGCAUAUGCCAUUGUUCGAUCGGGUGCCAGCAGCUCCGAUGAACUCGUGCGAGAGCUUUCUGCCGUUGUUGAAUCGCUUGAGAGUCAGACUGAAGACGAGACAGGAAAACGAGUGCCGUUCUUUGCUUCGCAGUUCGAGGGUCUGCGACAAAUUGAUAUGCUGCGUGCUAAGCCCACUGCCGAAGCUGGCAACUACGAACUCUCCAUCUUGUCUGAUCUCUCGACUCGAGCCCGUCUGAUGCUCGCAAGCACCGCUGGUCCUGCAUCUUGGCUGCAGUAUGCUGAUUGCUUGGCCUAUCAGAACCAGUAUCCCUGGGAUGGGCGCCUGAUGUCGUCUGCUUGGAAUAAGCUCAACAACAUCGGCUCAGUCACCUUAAACUCCUUUCAGCUCCUCGAAGCUGAGCUGCCAGCCUUGGGUCGGCAGAUGGCACAAAUGACCUCCGAUAUCUCUGCCGAUCCCACCACCCAGCUCAAUCGAGUUCUUCAGAUUCUUCUGCUUGAUGUUUUCGCAAGUCACGGCGAAGCAUCUCAAGCGCUUGGCCUCGAGCUAUUUUCGAAAGCGUCAGAGUUCAGCGCCCUAGUUGAUGGCGGUGAAAAUGCCCUGCGAGAUGCUUGUUCUGUGAACGAGAACCUGCCCGCCCAUUUCAUGCAGAUUGUUCUUGAUCACUUUAUCGCUUCAAUCGUUAGUGUUGCUGCCUCGAAGCUGUCUAAUAGCCGCAGCACAUUACAGUCCGGUUUGGCUUGGGUUCAGUUUACAAUUGGACUUACGAAGCUCUAUGUACCUGACCGCAUUAUCGACCCUCAGCUCAGUCCUAUGAUGGAAAGACAAUUCUUCGAGCAACUCGAAAACUUCUUACGCGAGAGACUCUCACACAUUCAUGCAUUUGAGGAGGUUUUUGCCGGCCAGCUCACAAGCACCAGACAGCAGAUCCUCGUUGAUGAGAUCGAUCAGCUGGACCCGCUUCCCAAAGAGGUUGUCCCUGUCUUCAGACCUGAGCGGUCCGAAUUGAGCCAGAUCCAUGCCGAGUUCUCCAAUGUUCUCAAAUCCAUCGUCGGCUCUGAUAUUAUUACGAUUCUGCAGUCGCAUGCGAACUCCACAGACAGCGACAGCGGCCUUGCCUUGCUGAAGGAAAACAUUAUGAGACUGCUUGACCGCCUCAAUGCCCGUUUCCAGGCAUACCAGGACAUAACGCGGCCGGUAUCAAGUCUUUUACGCUGCUUCCUGAUUGGACUUUCGCUUUGCGAUACUUCAAAUGCAGCCAAGCUGGCUAGCCCUAUCCAAGCUAUCGCUAGCGCCACUCCUUUCGUCGGCGGCCUACAGAUGAGCGGAUUCCUUCCGGAAGCAGACAAAUCGUUUGAAUUUCUCGAUGUUGUAAAUAGCAGGAUUGCCAUCAAUGGGCAGUCGCAGCUCGAUGAUGAUUCACGACAGCGAGUCUUUGAAUGCUUCCACUCGUUCUUUGACGAAUGGAGCAAGCGCCUCGAAGCGGAUAGGGCAGAGGAAGCUGCCAGAACGAGCAUGUAUCGGUUCCGUGGGUCCUUGGAAGACGAAGAAGAAGUUGACGCUGAAGAGUUCAAUGAGCUGUUCCCCUCGUAUGAGGAAGAGAUUCCCUCAGCCAAGCCAAAAAAGAACAAGGAUGAGGUACGCAACACCUCUGUGAAGGUGGCAGAGAUCCACAAGAAACUUUUCUUGGAGAGUGACGAGCCUUCUGCAGCCCUUCGUCGUGUGUGCUUCAGCAUUUGCAACCGGAUUGUACGCGAGUCCGAAGGCCAUGCCAGCCUCGACGAAGAUCUGCAGAGCAAACUUAUCGCCCCUGUGGUGCUCCUUCUAAGCGAAAAGCUGCACGAGCUUCAAACACCGCCAAUAGAUAAGACUUACAACUUCUACUCUCACGCCAACCUCACUGAGGCACGCCAAUUGGUUGCCAUCGUUCAUGAUAUCCGGGCCAAGUUCCGAGAACUGCAGACGAUUGAUGAGAUUGGCCACAUGCAGCCCCUUGUCGAUGUCAUUCAGGCAUGCGAUGGAGUUUUGGAACUUGUUCACUCCGAGCCCCUUGCAAGUAUCGUGUACAAGGUAGAGCACCUGCAUGCACUCGUUUACGAAUGGCAAUUUGGAGGCUGGGCCAGCCAGAAGUACGGCGCUUUGAACUUGCACAAUGCCCUCACCAGCACAAUUAUCCGCUGGCGCAGACUUGAACUAUCCACAUGGGGAAAUCUGUUCGACAUGGAGAAAACAAAAUGCGAGGAGGACGCUUACUCCUGGUGGUUUAUUGCCUAUCAAGUUAUUAUCGCUGUACCACUGUCGAUGGUCGACUCUAAAUCCGAGUUGCAGAUAUAUGCAACAUCUCUCCUGCAGAGUUUGGAGUCUUACUUUUCUACGUCGAUUGUUGGCCAGUUUCAGACCCGAGUUUCCCUUCUCAGACAACUUCUGGCUCAUUUGAGGGCUCUGAUCCAGGACUAUCCCAAUCUCGUCGUUAUUACGCAAGCUGUUGCCAAUUUCCUUGCUUAUUACGCGAGGUUCGAGACUGCCGCGGCCAAGAUAAUUACUACGGGGCGCACGCCGAUUGACAAGAAAAUGAAGGAUGUGCUGCUCAUGGCUAGCUGGAAAGACACAAACAUUACUGCUCUCCGUGAGAGUGCCAAGAAGUCCCAUCUCAAGCUCUUCCGACUUGUGCGCAAGUUCCGCGGCGUUUUGGGUCAAGAAAUGAAGACCCUGAUCAUCCAGGGUCUGCCUGAUGAAACGACCUUCCCCGGAAACGUCAGCAUUGCUCACCCCAGUGAGCACGGUGUUUCGACGGCCAUGUUGACUCUUCUGGAGUCAAAUGCUCCUGGAUGGCUUGCUAGCCAUAAGCGACUAGCAAAUGUGACAAAGACUGUUUCCGUGAUGAACAACAUUGCCAAUACUGCGCAGAUCACUGGAACGGUCGCCGAGAGCGUUGAGUCGUACCUCUCUAGCUUGGAAGAGUCCAUGGCGGAGCUUCGUAAAGAAACACCAGCAAAUCUUACCGAGGAAAACAAGACUGAGGUGAAGCAUCUGAAGACAAGAAAGCGCAAGCUCUUCGCUGAUACCUUGCGAGAACUGCGCAACAUGGGCCUGAGAUACAACCUUGCCCAAGAACCGCUUGCGGAACAAGAGUCGUUGGCUGUGGUUCUUGCAUCUGGUGCGAAUACUACUUUGGACAGCUCUGCCACUAUCAACGAGGCAGAGUACUAUUUCCACAAGAUGCUAGACCUUGCACCCAAAGUCCGCGAUGCAGCCCGCGACCACUCAGAAGAUCUCACUUCUGCCGAAGUUAACCGCAGUAUCGGUUUUGUCGAAGGUUUUAUCUACCUCACCCGAGCACAGCGCCGAAGCAUCGCCACAACGGCUCGCUCUCUGGGCUCACUUCAGGAUGCUGUGCACUCCUUUACCGAGCUACGUCAUUUUGAGAGGCUUGGAAACUUGCGGUGCCGGACUGUUGAUAGCAAUAUCGAGACUCUGCUUCCUUGGGUCUUGCAGCUACUUAAAUUUGGUAUCAAUCUAGUGCGCUCUCACGGAAAGCUUCUUGGCACAGGUCAUGACUCAGUCUUGGAAAAGCUCCAAGGCUGGGUCGGCCGUCUGGAUGGACACCUCAAGACGUUGCGCGCACUACCAAGUCUGCCGACAAACCUGACGUCAGAGUCUUAUGAAUCAACGCACGCAAACAUCUCGGAUGCACUUGGUGAAUUGCGCUCCGAGCUGGCAGACUUGAUGCAACAGUCUCCCAACCUGUCCUUUGUUCUUAGUUACAUCUCGAGCUGGUCGGAGGCAGAGAUAGAAACGGCAGGCGCUGAGCUUCAAAGCAUUCCCCUCGCUAACUUUGGAGGUAUUCUGGCAAGACUCAGUGACACUAUCUUGGUUGCUGUGGAGGCCGCGAAGAAGAAAGCUUUCGAGGUUCCAACAAAUGAAGAAGAGCCGAGCUGGUUCGUGAACCAUAAUGACGGUCUAUUCUCGGUAAUCAAGCAACUCCGCAUGGAUGGGUUCGCCAAAAGCGUGGAGCAGUCGCUGCAAUUACUGGAGCAAUUGGACCUGAACUCGGCGACAACAAGCAGUGCAGCCGCUGGUAUGAUUGCGGUUGUCUCGCCAAUUCUUCAAGAAUUUGUCUUCUUCUGUCAAAAGGCGGUUGAAAAUGCGCUCAAUGUGCAUAAGUCGACAACGCAUCUGGGAUAUAUCCUGACUCGCGCGUUUACUCAAAUCGCUGGCCAAGGCUUCUGCACGCCACAAGAAAAGUCCGAUGAAACUUCCGGAGAAGGCAAAGUUGAGGCCGGUACCGGUCUUGGCGAUGGUGAAGGUGCAGAUGACAUUAGCAAGGAUGUUCAACCCGACGAAGACCUGACUGAACUCGCGCAAGAGGCAAACAAGGAAGAGAGUGGCGAGAUGGAGGACGAGAAGGAUGCCGUUGAUAUGGCUGAUGAAGAACUCGAGGGUGACAUGGGCAGCGUAGACGGCGCCGACGAAGAUGACGAAAAUGGAUCCAAGAAUGGAGAGGAAGAAGAGGAAGAGAAUGAUAUGGAUGAGGAGGCAGGUGAUGUUGAUGACCUGGAUCCUACUGCCGUGGACGAGAAGAUGUGGGAUGGUGAAGACGAGGAGAAGGCCGACAAAGACCAGCAGGGAGACAAAGCGCAGGGCCAGAAGAAGGACGACGAUCCCAUUCCCGAUGAGACGAAGCCUAGCAAGGAGGAAGCCGAAAAGGAAGCGGACGAAGACGACAAAAAGGAUGAUAACAAGGAUGACAACAAGGACGAAGAAGCCGAGGAGGAAGAUGAAGAUGUUCAGGCGCAGGAGGAACUCAAUAAGCAGGACCAGAAUGUCCAAGAAAACGAGACGCUUGCGCUACCUGAAGAGAUGGAUUUGGACAUGAAAGACGAGGAAGAAAUGUCUGGUGACGAAGACCUCGACGAUCUCUCUGAUAUAGACAAGGACGAGACUGCCCCCGAACAGCAGGAGGACAACGUCGAAGAAGAUGAAGAUGAGGAAGCUGGUGAUGAGACACAACAAAAGCCAGCCGAUCCUGAAGACGGCGAGGAAGAGGGCGACGCAAAAGAGGAAGCGGAAGAGAAAGACGUUGACGCAGUUGGCGAAGAUGAAGUUGACGAAGAGGUCAAAGAAGAGCCAGAGCAGGAGGACAAAAUGGAGGAAGAGCAACAAGAUAAUACCCAGGAUCAGUCCGAUCCCGCGGAUGCAACUGAGCUGGACAAUGCAGCCCCGAGCGACGUGAAGAGCUCUGGACAGGACCAAAACAAGGAUGCAAUGGAGUUGGACGACCAAUUCCAGGCUAAUGCGGCGGAGCAAAAUGAAGGUGACAUGGGAGAGGCUGGUGCCGAUGAAAACACCAGCUCCGGAAACAAGGGAGCCAUUUCCCGGACAGAAAAGUCGGCCGAGCAGCAACAAGAAGAUGCAGCAGAGCCGGAAACUCCGCGCAGUGACCCGUUCAAGAAGCUCGGGGAUGCUCUAGAGCGCUGGCACCGUCAGCAAUCUGAUAUCAAGGACGCCCAGCCAAACGAGGACGUCAAGCAAGAACAGUCAGAUCAACCUGACGAGCAGGCGCAGCGAGAGUUUCAGCACCUCCAGGACGACAGCACUGCACCUGAUACUCAGGCCAUGGGCACUGCAGACAAUGAAGACAUCCAACCAAUGGAUGAAACCAUGGCUAUCGAUAAAGAGAAGCAGGAUCCGGAGAGCCGUGUCACAGAGGGAGCAGAUGAGCAACAGCCAGACGAGAUUCCAGACGAAAUGGAUACGGAAGAGGCAGACGGCAACAAGGCUGACAAUGAGCGGGAAGACGAUGGCCGAUCCGGCGUCAAGACGCGACAGGGCAACUACGACAGAGAACCUACACCGGAAGAGGACGGCGUCGAGAAGGAAGAGUUUGACGAGGACGAAUCUCUCCAGAACGCCUCUGAGAAGCUAUCGAUUACACACAUUUCCGACGAAGACCGUCAGCUACGCGAGUUUGGCGACUGCCUACAGGAGUGGUCUAACUUCCAGACAAAGACGCACAGCCACUCGCUCUCCCUGACGUCGCAGCUGCGUCUCAUCCUCACGCCGUCCCAGUCGACCAAGCUCUCUGGCGCUUUCCGCACCGGCAAGCGCCUCAACAUCAAGCGCAUCAUCCCGUACAUUGCAUCGAGCUACAAGCGCGACAAAAUCUGGAUGCGGCGCAGCAUCCCCACCAAGCGCACGUACCAGAUCAUGCUCUGCGUCGAUGAUUCCAAGAGCAUGGGCGAGUCGUCCUCGGGCACGCUGGCCAUGGAGUCGCUCGUCAUGGUCUCGCGCUCCCUCACCAUGCUGGAAGUUGGUCAGGUCGGCGUCCUCGGUUUCGGCGCCGAUGUCUUCACUGCCCACCAGCUCUCGGACCCGUUCUCGUCGGACACGGGCGCCAAGGUGCUGCAAAGGUUUUCCUUUUCGCAGGACCGCACGGAUAUCGCGCAGCUGCUCCGCCAGACGAUUGACAACUUCCGCCUCGCGCGGCAGCAGUCGGGCGGGGGCGGCGCCGGCGCGGACCUGUGGCAGCUGGCGCUGAUUCUCUCUGACGGCCUCACCCCGUCGUCGGCGCACGACGAGAUUCGCCGGCUGCUGCGCGAGGCCAUGGAGGAGCGCAUCAUGGUCGUCUUCAUCAUCAUGGACGACCGGGACAAGAAGCAGGGUGACAGCGUGCUCGAACUCAAGGAGGCCAAGUUUGUCAACGAGGGCGGCGAGAGCAGGGUCGUCAUUGAGCGGUACCUCGACACCUUCCCGUUCCAGUACUACCUGAUUGUGCACAACCUGGAGGAGCUGCCGAGUGCGCUGGCUGGUCUGCUGCGGACAUGGUUUGCAGAGGUCAAUUCAUAA